CAUUCCCAAACCGACGGCACUCCCCUCAGACGCGAAUGGCUCUGAACACAGUGUUGGGCGGCCCUGGGCCUUCGACACAACUUUUUCGCCAGCUACGGCUCGGGUCUAGCCGCCUGCUCGUCGAGGCGUUGUCCACGUCUGCUCCUGCCCCACCACGACAUCAUCGACAGGCGACAGGCCGACCGGCAGGCCUUGGCAUCGGUGUCCCAGUCCGACAUGCGUCCACUCUACGGCCUCGACAGUUGAAGUCAUCGACACAGGGCUCCCCUAUCCUGGUCCCACCACCCGCGGCACCAGAAGCCAGCGGCGGCGGCCUCGACGACCUCCGGUCAGCCUUGGAGGAGAAGAACCUAGGCAGGCUCAUGCUUGCCUGGGGUGACCUCGUCAAGCUGCAGGGGACAAACGCCUGUCUAGACUCUGACUACGCCGCUAUAUCCAAUGUCAUCGACACUGCCCUCAGCAACCCGAAGCUUCAGCUCCGAAAACUGCACGCGGCGGCUCCAAAACAGUACGGCUACCUGCGACACAUGGCGAUCGAAGCAGCAGCCCACGACAAGUGGCAAGGGCUUCACCGCUUCCAGCUCGAGCUGAUGGCCUUUGGUCUGCCGACCGAGGCGGCGUCAACUUUCCUGGAGUUCAAGCAACGCCGCCGCGCCGUCGAGGGCAAGGAGGAUAGCAGCGGCCUCGGCUCGUAUGACCGAGCAGUCCGCCUGGCCACUCGCUUAAGUGGAGAAGGACUGCAACUUCUCAUACUUGUUCACAUCGCGACCCUGUCCAUGCUCGACCACUUCGACAAUGAGCGUGUCGCAGAUCUCUUGGACACGACGGCCGACUUCCGACCCGAAACGGUGAAAUCCUUAUCCUGGACCGACAUUAAGAAAAGCCUGUCCCGCGCCGGCGGUGGCAGGGUGAUGGAGAAGAAGUUCUUGCACAAUCUGCGAAGAUUCGAGCUCGUCUUGCUUGUGUACCACCCCGACGCACUGGAUGCGCGAGUGCGUAUCUGGGCAGAGGAGGGAGCUCGGACUGCCCUCUUCCAGCUGUAUGACGGUAUCAUGGCCGCCUCGAUCGGAAAGGACCGCUUGAUCGUGCCGCAGGACCUGGACGAGGCGGGUCGCUUGAAGUACUAUUCCAAAAUCCCGCUGGUCGCCGACACAUGGAUGGCAUUCAUGGCCGCGUUUGGCCGACUAGGCGAGCUGGAUCGGAUUGUCAAGAUGAUUUCCGAAGACAUCCCACUGCGCAACGACGGUCAACUUCCCAGCGAACACAUCCUCGCGACUGCCGUGCAAGAACUCGGCUUCAUGUCGGUGAACUCUACAGUUAAGGGUGCGACCCGCAAGGAGGCCGGGAAACAAAGCGAUCUGAUAUGGGACGCCAUGGUCAAAGCAGGAAUGCAAAGUGCCAGGACCAUCGGCAAGCGCAUCCUGGUGCUCUCAUUGCGCGGGAGGGCAGAUGAAGCUGAGAAGCUCCAUGAAGAAGGGCUUGCUUCGCUGCGACGGCAGCAGAUCAGCGACCAAGACAUUUAUCUCGACGUGUCGUUGUUCACCCACCUCUGCCGAACGAACAAAGUUGACCGCGCCGUUCGACUCUUGGCCACCCGUCGCCAUAGCGAUCCCGAUACUGAGACUGGCCACUUCCGCUCCAUGGUGGGCCAAGCUCUUUCCCCGCCAAUGCGGUACGAGGACCAACAGCGACUGUACCGCGCUCUAAUGAAGCAUAAAGCGCCCGGCUGCAGGAUCACGGCCGUGACAUACGGCAUCAUUCUGCGGUACCUCCUCGAGGGAACCAACGACUUGCAGUCCGCCUGCCGAAUGAUCUGCUUGAACUCGAGGGACGCUGAGCCCAUCAUCUGGUACACGAAUUUGAUACGCGGCUUGCUUGGGCGCGGCAACCGGCAAGUUGAGGCGCGAGGCUAUGAAGCUGCCGUCUUCAUCCUCACGACGCUUGUCCCAUACCUGGAGGAUGUGGCUCAGUUCAAAUAUCUGAACUUGUGGCGACUGGUUGCGAGGCCGAUCGCGCUGUCCGCAGCCAUCCCGGCGCAUGUGCGGCACGACCACCUGGCAUCCUUACUCGACAGCUUCCCAGGCCAGAGGCAUUAUGGCAACCUCUUGCGCCGCAACAUCAUGCGGUACUGUGUGAGCCGGGCCGACGGGCAGGGCAUUCCAGAGGCUUUGCUUCACUACAAAGCAGUGGACAAGCCGUUGCCGAAUAGCGUCGACUACGAUACCCUCAUCGACCAUUUGAUCAAGCACGGAUUCCCGCAGCUGGCCCAGGACAUUGUCAACGACAUACCGCGGAAUGGGCGCUACUCGAGCGUGCUGAGGAGGGCAAAGAAGAAGGGUCUUGACGUCGACGAAGCGGCUCUUGGGCCUUAUGAUGGCGCCGCCACCAACAACGAGUCUGCGGAGGACGCCACCUUGCAGGAACUCGUCGAAGAGGCCGAAGAAGAGGCCGAGGACGCGGAAGAGGGCGCGGCGGCGCAGGCGGCGCGGGAGUUUAGUGUGUAGCCGGGUCAAUGCAUAGCGAGGCAGCAUGCAGGUGUGCACGU